UAGAAAGUUUGAAGUUGAAAUUCGAAAGUCGAUUUUCUAUGUGACCAUAGUUUUUUAUUGAAAAAAAUCCAGUAAAACAUCGAUAUUUCAAGAACGAAGGUUUGGAAAAUCAAACUACUCUAGACUUUUCUAUUACUCAUUGAAUGAACCAUCGUCUCGGUCGAAAAAGCGAUUUGACAUCUAAAAUGAUUCCCUCGUGAACAAACUGAUUCUACUAAAAAUCUCGAAAAUUUAUAAUUCAAUGAAAAACCUCUUUUUAUAAUCCAAGGAUUUUUAUAUGAUAAAACUUUUUUUUUGUAUUCUAGAAUCAUUAUGGUCUGACAGUGUCUCUCAGAUAAGUACCGGCAUCGGUGCAAUUGAUACAAUACGUGGUCAAAUAAUUGAAUUAAGACAUGAUGUUGAUCAAUUACGAUUUGAAAUUAAUAAUCAUCGAAGAAAAACUAUUUCAAUAAAUAAUGAAAAUCGUCGUAUAUCAAAAUCUGAAAUUAAUAAUCUUAAUCAACCACCAAUUUCUCAUCAUCAUUUACAUCAUAGUGUUGAACCAGCUGUUACAAGAAAACGUUCAGCAAUUUGUAUUAUAAUUUAA